UUAUCCAAAAAUUACUAGAUAACUUGUAAGCUUGAUAAUUACUACCGACGAAGAACUACAAUAAAUAUCCUGAAGCCUCGGAGAAAGAUGGCUUCAACUUUAUUGAAGAAAAUAUUAAUAUCUAAUCCAAAUGGCGUCCGUAAAGCGGCUGAAAUAUUUUGUAACGCAACCAGAAACCAUUGGAACUAUCAGUACAAACCAGGCCCAUACCCCAGAACUCCUGCAGAAAGAGCGGCUGCUGCAAAAAAGUAUGGAAUGACCAUAGAAGAAUAUCAACCGUAUCCAGAACACAUGUGUUAUGGCGAUUAUCCUAAACUCCCCGAUAUUGGUUCAGAUUCUAAGGAUCCCUACUAUCCUUAUGAUCAACCCGAGUUGAAAAGGAAUUUUAACGAACCGAUUCAUGCCACUCAAGAGUUAUACGGUGAAGAUCGUUAUGAUGUUAGCAUGAAGCCAAGGUUCACACUUCUACAUCAAUGGACAUGGUUUUUGGGUGUCAUUGGUGGGUCAUUUGCUUUGUACAUGUUCCUUGAAGACUACAAAUUUGGAAGACCAGUCACCAUUAAGCAGUAUCCCAAAGAUGGACCUCAUUAUCUGUUUUGUCAAAAGUAGAAGAAUCCAAGAAAUAUUUUGUUGAAGCUGUCAAGCAUUAGAUUUUCUUAAAUAUCAAUAAAAUAUUUGUUUUCUAAUACCUUCUUCAAGUAAAUGUUACAUUAAAAAACUAAUGUCAUUUGAAUUGAAUUAGAUAGAUUCUUGAUUAA